AAACAGAUAAAAUCGCUUCAUCCUCGCCCUGGCUGGGUUGAAUUAGAUCCUGAAGUUCUGUGGACUCAGUUCACUGAUGUAUUAAAAGAGGCUGUACAAGGUGCAGGACUUCGUAUGAAUCAAAUUGCUGGUCUUGGCAUCUCAACACAGAGAGCAACUUUCAUUACAUGGGACAAGAAGACAGGAAAACCUUUCCAUAAUUUUAUAAGCUGGCAAGAUUUAAGAACUGCUGAACUCGUAAGUUCCUGGAACAGGGGUCUCAUGCUGAAGGUGCUUCAUAUUAUUUUUACAAUGCUUCAUUUUUUGACUCAGAGUACUCGAUAUUUAGCUGCAAGCUUGUUUACUUUCUCAACACAUCACAGCUCUUUGAAACUGUCCUGGAUUUUCCAAAACAUAACUGAGGUACACCAAGCUGCCAAAGAAAAUAACUGCUGCUUUGGAACAAUUGACACUUGGCUAUUAUACAAACUCACCAAAGGUUCUGUGUAUGCUACAGAUUAUUCAAAUGCCAGUUCUACAGGGCUGUUUGAUCCUUUUACGAGGAGUUGGAGUUCUGGGUUUUGCAAAUUAUUGUCCAUCCCCAUGUCUAUAUAUCCUCCAGUGAAAGACACAAGUUGCAAUUUUGGCUCAGUUGACCCUGAAAUAUUUGGGGUGCCUAUUCCAAUAAUGGCAUUGGUGGCAGAUCAGCAAUCAGCCACCUUUGGAGAAUGCUGCUUUCAUCCAGGAGAUGUUAAAUUGACCAUGGGAACAGGUACCUUUUGGAAUGUUAAUACAGGGAGCCAACUUCACGCACCUCGGGGAGGUCUGUAUUCAUUGAUUGGAUGGAAGAUUGGAAAAGAAGUUGUUUACUUAACAGAAGGCAAUGGAUCAGACACAGGCUCUACCAUAAAAUGGGCUCAGGGGCUAGAUCUUUUUACGAAUGUAGAAGAUACAUCAAAAAUGGCAAGAAGUGUGGUUGAUUCUGAAGGAGUAUGUUUUGUUCCAUCUUUUAGAGGUCUGCAGGCAUCUGUGAAUGAUCCAUAUUUGUGUGCUGCUUUUGUGGGUCUGAAAACUUCCACUACCAGAAAUCACCUUGUACGAGCUAUACUGGAAUCUAUAGCUUUCAGAAAUAAACAGCUGUAUGAUACCUUUUUGAAGGAGCUGCAAAUUCCACUUAGAAAUAUUCGAGCAGAUGGAGGAGUCAGUAACAAUAGUUUUAUAAUGCAAAUGACUUCUGACUUAAUUAAUAAGAAAAUAGACAAGCCAGUAAACACAGAUGCGUCUUGUCUUGGAGCAGCAUUUUUAGCAGGUCUUGCUUUGGGGGUUUGGACUGACAAAGAACAACUAAAGAAACUGAGGCGAACUGAAGUAGUUUUUGAGCCACAAAAGGACUCGAGAGAAUACAGACUUGCUAUGGAUAGCUGGAUACAAGCAGUACAACGUUCCCUGCAUUGAUACAGAUGAACAUUGUAAUAAUGGCUUUUUUUUAAUGGACUACUUCUGCUAAACCUUGGAAUUUAGAGGACAUAACCAACAUUUCCUGUGGCAUAUACACUAGGUCCUGCCAUAUGUCAAGAGCCUUCCCGCUGCUAUAAAAUUAUUUACUACUACAUAUUGAACCAUCCUACCCUUCUUAUUACACCUCUUUAUGAUCUGCAGCAGCUCUGCUCCUUCAGUGAACUCCAUAGAGGUAGCUCACAUGAUUGAAUAUUACUGCCAUGUAUCAGUGAGGGAGUGGUUACUGGGUCAGGGGAUUCUCACUCUAAUCAUUGGGCAAGGAAGAAGCUAUGGGAGUGGUGACAAAGGAUGCUUCUUGUUUGCCUUUGUCAGACUGAAAUUUGAUAAAUAUGUUCUGUAGUGGGCUUCACUUUAAGAUCACUUUCAAACUGAAGCCGGUGCAGAAUAUCACUGUCUAACUAUUACAAGGGCAUUUAUUUUCUAUGAAGGGCUCUCUAAAUUGGAAUUUACUUCCCUUGAUCUGAAAAAGCCUGGAUUUGAUAUCCUUUAGGGUAUGCAGUAAGUAAUCUAUUUUUCUGGGCAUUUCUGGGAGGAGCAGUUUUCUUUCCUUAUGGUAGAUGUUACUCUGUGAAUUUACCCCUCUUGACUGUGGUGUAUUAGAUCAUAUUUUGACAGUCUGUUUGCAUAAGGAGGCUUUUGUUCAUGGUGCAUGUUAUGGCAUUAUGAUUCCUAGGCCUUAGAUGAGCAAUAUAGUAAGUCAAAAUAUAAAAGUGAACACUGAUCAAUACUAAAUACUAAUACUUUGUCCCCAAAUUUUUGUAGCUAAUGGUUUCCAUCUGAUACAUUAAUUUCUUUAAUUUUGUAAUAAAACGCAUCAUUUUGCACUUUGUGAGUUAAUACAAAUAUUGUUAAAAGUCAUUACAAGUACUGUGUCAUUUAAAAAAUGUCUGUAGCAAUAUUAAUAUUUUCAAAGCCAUUAUUAUUGUGCUAAAGCUGAAACAAAUGUGUCUAUUUUUUUUAAUAAUUACUUUAUUGAUACUGUUUUUAAAACUGGAAUAAAAGAACUAAUGAAUAAA